AAUAACUAACCUAAUAAAAGCUUGGAGAGCAAAAAAAAAAAAAAAAAAAAGAAAAAAGAAAAAAAUCCUUUUGUUUUCUUUUUUGAUCUUCACCCCUUUUGUGGCUUUUGUGUGCUUGUUCUACUUUUCUUCUCUUGUGUGAAUUGUAAUAAUUGCUCUAGAGGCUCCCAUGGAUGUCGACUCCGGCAAGGCAGCGGUGACAACGGAGAUGGUGGAGACACAUGAAGUUGGCAACGGCGACGGUGGCGGCAGGAAUGGAUCGAAUUCCGGUGAAGAAGAAAAGGGGUCGUCUUUGUUGUUGUUUGAAGAUGGUGAGAAGAAUUUUGGUGGGAACCGUUGGCCAAGACAAGAGACUUUGGCUUUGUUGAAGAUAAGAUCUGAUAUGGAUGCAAUUUUUAGAGAUGCAACUCACAAAGCUCCAUUGUGGGAUGAAGUUUCAAGGAAGUUGGGAGAGCUUGGAUUCCAUAGAACUCCAAAGAAAUGCAAGGAGAAAUUUGAGAAUGUUUAUAAGUAUCACAAGAGAACCAAAGAUGUUCGAAGUGGGAAAUCCGAUAAUAGCAAAAAAGUUUAUAGAUUUUCAGAUGAAUUGGAGGCUUUUGAUCAUCAUAAUAGCUUAUUUCAAUCUCACCACCACCCGCCACCACCAACGCAGCCGCCAGUUCCCCGGACGACAGCGGUGACUACACCGCUGCCAUCUUACAACCCUCCGGCGACGAAAACAAUCAACUCUACUGUUCCAUCCACCAUGAACACUACAACAAACAACAAUUCUUUGCCACCAAAGUCCUCUAAUAACAACCCUCCUUCCAAUUUGCCAAACAUGGUUGGCAAUGUGAUGUUCUCGAGCUCCACGUCGUCGUCGACGGCAUCGGAGGAAGAUCCGUUUCAGAGUAGCAGGAGGAGGAGGAGGAAGAGGAAGUGGAGUGAUUUCUUCUUGAGGUUGACAAAGGAGGUAAUAGAGAAGCAAGAAGGGCUUCAACUAAAGUUCUUAGAAGCCUUGGAGAGAAUAGAGAAUCAAAGGAAAUUAAGAGAUGAAGCAUGGAGAAUGAAAGAGAUGACAAGGGUUAAUCAAGAACAUGAAGUUUUAGUUCAAGAAAUGUCCAUGGCCGUCGCAAAAGAUGCAGCCGUCGUCGCAUUUUUGCAAAAGAUAGCUCCAUCUUCAUUAUCUCCUUCUCCUUCUCCAGUACCACCACCACAGCCGCCACCACCACCAACUCAGACGCAAAACGACGAGAAUAAUGGAAAGAUGACGGUGGCAAUCUCGACAACGACGACAAAUGGAAAGAUGAGUAGCAUGAUAGGAAGCCCUUCAAGAUGGCCAAAAGGUGAAGUUGAAGCAUUGAUAAGGCUAAGGACAGAAAUGGAAAUGAAGUAUCAAGAGAAUGGGCCAAAAGGGUUAUUAUGGGAAGAGAUUUCAGCAGCAAUGAGAGGGCUUGGAUACAAUAGAAGCUCAAAGAGAUGCAAAGAGAAAUGGGAAAACAUAAACAAAUACUUCAAAAAGGUGAAAGAUAGCAACAAGAAGAGGCCAGAAGACUCCAAGACAUGCCCUUAUUUUCAUCAGUUAGAUGCACUAUAUAGAGAGAAAGAAAAAAAUAUGAAUUUUGAUAUCAAUAGCCAAAUGGAGCCAUUGAUGGUAGAACCAGAACAACAAUGGCCACCUCCAUUUCAACCCAAUAAUCAAAUCAUGGGAAAUUUACAAAGAAUAAAUGGUGAAGGAAAUCAAGAAGAAGAAGAAGAAGAAGAAGAUGAUGAAGAAGAAGAUGGAGGAAGUAGUAGCACAGAUGUGGAAGAUUGAAGAAAAAAAUAAUAAAAAAUAAAAAAUGGGUUGUAUUCUUCAAUAAGAAUAUAAUCCAAUACAGUACAAUUCAAAAGGGAAAACAAAGGUUUGGCACAAAAAGCAAGCAACUUUGACACUGAUGGAAGUCAGAUUUGGUAUUACAUGUGCUAAAGAGCGAAUUGGGAAAAUUGGGUAAUGGGAAAUUUCAAAUUUGUAUAAUAAUUAAUUAUUGUGUUGUCUAUAAUGGGAUUAAUUUAUUUUUCUUUCCUUUUUCCUCUUCUUAUUAUUAUAAUAACGAAGAUCUAAAACUAUUCCCGAAA